GGAGAAGGAGUCGGGACGGUUCCUGAGUGAAAUUACCCGAGUGUGUAGAAGUACUGUACGUGGCCGCCAUGAUGACAGCUGUUCGAAUUAUCUAAAUGCCAAGGAAUGGAGCUUCAACGCUUCCUUAAUUAGCUCCUUUGGCAUAGGAACCACUGGACUUUCCUGUACCAAAGGAAAGGAGAUCAUUCCAUCCCACAAUCUCUUGCGGUGGCAAUGUUUAUAUCUCGCCGCUGCAGACUGACGUCACUAACACGCGUCUCCCGUCUCAUCCUAACCACGUAGCUUAGUGGAAGCGCAGCGGCAUUCUCUAAACACCGCGGUUGUCUCCUCGUGAAUUCCGCAGAGGUGAAGUGGUGAGGAAUCGGUGUCCCGAGGUGACAUGUUUCACUAUUCGAAUCCAGCGGGGGAUUUCUCCAGUGACCCCUGACCUCAGCCUGUCUGAGUGCGCUGCGUAAACAGGAUGGAGUAUAGAACAGCACAGGGCCCUCCUCUUCCCCUCGCUGCCCUGCGCCUCCUGGUGCCGCCGAUUCGACUGGUCUCUGCAGCCAUCUGGCAGAGCGUCCAGCAGGGAGCCGUGUCCGACUACGGGAUGCUGGAGGAGUUUGUUUCCAUGGUUACGGACGUGGUUCCAGAGCUGCUCACCCGGCGCCAGAGGGCUCAGCUCAUCCUGGGCCUGAGAGCACGGCUGAUCCUGGAGCUUUGUCAGGCCCAAUCUCCUGCCGACGUUGGGCUUGUUCAGCCACACCUGGAGAGGGUGCAGGUGCUCAUGGAGGCGUUGGCAAUAGACGGCAGUGCCACAACUCUGAACGUUCAACACUCCAAAUUUCUGGAUCUAGUCAACAACUUGCUGAAAAAUCGUGACGAAAGGGAAAACUUUUAUCAGGUUUUCCCUCAAGCGUUCGGUCCCACCUACGAUGACGCACUCCGCUCCUUGAUGCGGAUGUUUCUGUGCAGACUGGAACAGUUUCUUCCUCUUCAAACGUUCCAGCAGGUUUCCUCCGUGUUCGCUGAGGGCUCGUCGGUUCUUGAGGAAUGUAUGCAGUCUGUGUCCCGGCACCAGGAGCUCAGAACCCUGCUGCAGUAUCACAGAGACCUGAGCCCCCCGGAUCAUAAUGAUGGUUCCUUGGAUGGCGCCUGUAUUAUUUCAGCUCUCGAACUCACCAUUGAAGAAGGAACCCUGACCGAUAAGCCACCAGCCAAAGUGUGGGACGCCACUUUGGAGAAAGGACCUUUGACCUUGUCUCGCGACACAACCGCCGAACAUCAGUCAAGCCGGAUAAAUGUUGACAGAUCUGCUGUGGCUCCCGGGCAGAAGGGAUCAGAGGGGCCUUUGGGAGAUGUUACAAGCCAUCAAGAAGACACAGACCGCGUUCACGGUCAAGCCGACAAGACUUCUCAGCUUCUGAAACAAUGCCACGUCCCGCUGAGAAGGCUGGACGUGGCGCCGCCGACUCGCCCUGCCAGAGCCAACAGAGGCCUGAGGAUGAAAAGGAUUCUGAUGGAGGAGAAAAGAGGUCUUUGUGAAGAGGUCCCGCCUGUCUGCAGGAAAACGAAAGCCUCCGGUCGGGCUCUUCCACACGUGUCUGACGAGGAGGAGGAGGAGGAGGAGUCCUACAUGGCUCCUAUCAACGACUGCAGUGACGACUCGUGGUCGUACUACUCCGACCGCGAGGCCGCCGGCAGUGUCAGCGCGGCCGAUUCGUGGUCCAACUACUCGGGUGACGAGUCUCCGCCUGGGACUCCCGGCGGUAGCUCUGCCGAAGGGGAUUCCAACGAGGAGCCUAAGGAGGUGCCGGCUGCCAGCAGCGGCGCCCCCAAGAAGACUCGGAAAGUCCAGUGUUUCAUCUGCAACGAGCCGGUGAGCACGAGCCUGAGGGCCCACAUGAAGAGCCACUUCCCCGCCGGCGACUACGCCUGCCCCUGCUGCGACAGCCGCUUCAAGCUCCUGUCCUCGCUGAGGCUGCACCUGAACCGGACCUGCUUCGAGUACGGCCGGCAGCGGGCGGGCGAGUCCGCGAACCUCUUCCCGUGCGGCCAGUGCGGCGAGACGUUCGGCCACAAAGUGUCCCUGGAGCGCCACGGACGGACGCACAGCGAGCUCUACUGCCCCGCGUGUCGGAAGGUGUUGCGGGACGCGGCGACGCUGGCGAGGCACAAGGCCUCUCACGCCCGCUUUGCGUGCAACCGCUGCGAGGAGACCUUCGCCCUGUUCAAGCCGCUGCUUCGCCACUGCGAGAACAUCCACAAGCUCAGGAAGCCGUUCCAGUGCAGCCACUGUCCCGCGGCGGUGGCCGAGCUGCGCGCUUUGAUCGCCCACGAGUGGAAGCACACGGGCCGCCUGCCGUUCCGGUGCGCCCUGUGCCCCUCGGGGUUCAAAAGCGACGCGGACCUCGCGUCCCACCAGAGGGUCCACACGAGGGAGAGGCCCUACCUGUGCGCGCAGUGCGGAAAGACGUUCUCCCAGAGGUCCAACCUGCUGCGGCACCUGACUUUCAUCCACGGAGACUCUCGCGACGAGAAGAAGUAUUCUUGCAGUGAGUGCGAGAAGUCCUUCAAGGAGAAAGGGUCCCUGAAGAAACACCAGAAGACCAAACACCUGCGCGAGUUGUUCCGCCACCCGUGUCCGUACUGCGGGAAGAUGGUCUCGGCGUCGACGAUGACGAGGCAUAAACUGAUCCACACGGGCGAGAAGCCUUUCAGAUGCACGGCGCCCGACUGCGACAAGGGCUUCAGGUCGGCGUCUGAAGUGAAGAGGCACGUGUUGGUGCACCACAGCACGGAGAGGCCCCAUAGAUGUGACGUCUGCGGCAAAGGCUUCAUAAAGGUGUGUCAUCUGGAGGCGCACGCUAAGAUACACUCGGGGGAGAAGCCUUUCGUCUGUCAUUUCUGCAACAAGGCUUUCCCCAAGCGCUACAGCAUGGAGAGACACAAGAAACUUGUCCACUCAUUCGCAGCGCGUUGACCCGCGUUGGGCGGCGGGUUGACGUACGAAGUUCCAACCAUUGAAAUCGUAUCAUCAUUUUCUGCACGGAUUGUGAACUUCGAGGAAACCUUAUGAAUGCCAUUUUUAUCUAUAGGAUUAUAUCUGCAUAGUAUAUAAUAUACAUAUGUUUAUAUUAAA